UGCUCGACCGAGUCUUUUCUAAACUUGAAGAUACAGAUACAGCAGCUUGAUUGUCAUUCAGUUUUUUGGCACUUAAUUUUAACCGAUCGAAGCACUAUAAAGAUCCAAAUUACGAGGCAAACGAUGAAUUGGGCUCUCAAAUCAAGUCAAACAUACCCGCUCAGCGUCGACUCCGCCUCAUAACGUAAGCCGUAAAGCAUCUGGCAUCAGAUUCCGGAAGGUCACAACCAUGGCUAGCAGCCAACUUGAGCGUAAGCAUGACAAGGACACCUCCGGCCAGAACCCAAAUGAGAAACUUGGGGACGUGAUGUCUCAUUCGUUUGGCGAGGGGUAUGCCACCAGAUCGGAUGACGAAGGAUUUGGAGGGAUAUAUGGAGGGAACCAGUCUUUUCCACAGUCACACACCGAGCAGAACAAGCGUAUCCAUGAAAAUCACCCUGCUUACGACAAGACGCAGGGAAGCGAAGUGAAGGAGAAGGAAAAGGCACGAAACCAGACCAGCGCAAAGUCGUAGACGUACAAGAUAUAUAUAUAUAUAUAUAGAGAGAGAGAGAGAGAGAGAGAGAAAUAAAUAAAUGUAAUGGUCUAAAAUCUUGGUUCCCCAAUGGCCAAUCACGUACGAGAUCAGCUGUUAGAGCUGAUGUCUCUCCUAAUUUAUUUCCGUAGUCUAUGCGGUAACCUUCCUUGGGAAGGUUUUGUUUUUGUUUUUAUUUUUUUAAUAAUAAGAUCUGGUUUUAUAUUACUUAAUUAUUUUUUUUGUAAUAUUGCUAGUACUCCUGUGAUUUAAGCAUUACUUAAUUAUUCGUAAUAAAAAAGAUCUUAUACAGCUAUCUU